AUGGCAGACAAAAAGGAUCUUACAUUGGAACAGUUGCACGAUCAGGUGCAAAGUUUAUCCAAAGUUGUGGAAAUGCAAUCACAAUUGAUUGCUAAAACCGGGAAACAACUCAUGGACAUACAAGUAAAGGAUGUGAAGAGCAAGAUGAAUGCCGACACCGAGAAAAGUAGCUCUAAGGUAGCCAAUGUUGACAUGGAUGACUACGCUACAAACGAAGAUAUUAUUCAGUUGGUAGGCGAGUUGCAAGGACAGUUGGAUAUGCUUGAAGACAGAAACAUCAGAAGAACGAUCAAUUCUCAUUUAGGUAUCGACGAUGAAGAUGGGUUGAUUAUUCCGAUCCCUAACAAGGAUGGAGAUGAACCACCUUAUGAUUUUUGCCCAGCAAAUAUUGACGAACUUGUGAAAUUGAACAAAUACGAAAUUGUGCAACUCUGUGAAUUUUACGAGUUGGUUAUACCAAUGGACCAACAGGAGCACUUGAAGAGAUUUUUGCAAAACAACAACGAGAUGGUGGACAUGGAGGGUGCAAAGAGGUUAUUGGAGGUGGGUGCAGAUAACGCAACCUUGAUGGAAAGAGUGGAUGCUUAUUCUGAAAAGCAAAUCGACGAAUUAUUCGAUUUGCUUACCAGGUUUAUUGGAGUCAGAGUAAUAAGAGGCAACUAUGCGUGGUAA